AUGGGGCCGCGGGUCCCGCGCCGGUCUCGGCGCCUUUGCUUCGGGAUCCGGCGGAGCCGCGCCUGCGCUGCCGCGGUGCCCGCAGGCGCUGUUGGGAGGGCGGCUCUGCCCGCUCAGCCGCGGCGCGGCGCCGCCCCCCUUCCCCACGUUCCCCUCAGGCGCUGUAGGUGCCGGCGCCUUUGCUUCCGGAGCCGCACCUGCGCUGCCGCAGCCCCCGACAGGCCCUGUUGGGACCAGGGAGGGCGGGUGGCACAGCUCCGCGCUCACGUCCCGUCUGGGAGUUCUUCCGAGAGGCGGGGAGGGGGCGGGAGCGGCGGCGGCCCUUUCAACGGGGCCGCGGUCGAGCAAGCUCUGCCCGCUCAGCCGCGGCGCGGAGCCGCCCCCCUCUCCACCUCGUCCCCCGCGUUCCCCUCAGGCGCCGGUCUCGGCGCCUUUGCUUCGGGAUCCGGCGGAGCCGCGCCUGCGCUGCCGCGGUGCCCGCAGGCGCUGUUGGGAGGGCGGGUGGGAGGUCCGCGGUCCCGUCCCGUCCCGGAGUUCUCCCGGGAGAAGGGGAGGGAGGCGGGGAGCGGGCGGAAGCGGAGCAGCCCCUGGGAGCGGGUCCUGAGGGGACAGCGGGGUUCUUGGGGACGGGCAGGGCGGGAACGGGCAGGCGGGGAUUGGCGGGGCCGGACGCUGCCGGACGCUGGGAUUGGCUGGGCUGGCACGAGGGGGGCGGGGCUGUGCGGGCCGCGGGCUAUAAACGGCGUGGGCGGGGGGCGCUGGGGGCAGUUCGGCGGCGGGGCUGGGGGCGGCGCUGGAGCGGCGGGAGCCGGCCCGGGAUUGGCGCGGCCGCUGGGCCGAGGAGCGGCGGUGAGCCAGGGUGGGACCCUCGCGGCUGCCGCUCCAGGGAGCGGUGGGGAGUCAUGGGGCAGCACCCCCUCGGCUGCCGAUCCAGGGGGAGCCGGGGUCGGUCCCCCACAGCUUAAACAAAAGGAAGAUGCUAGGAUUGGAACGUGCAGCAGCUUUACCGGGAGCUGACAGCAGAGCUGGCAGAGAAAUAAAGGUUGUGGGUCUGGGUAUGGGAUAGGGAGAUUGGUGCUCGGAAAGGGACUGUGGAGCAGGGAUAGGGACUGUGGCACUGCAGCAGAAAUCACUGUAGGAUUGAGACAGGGACUGGCACC